AUGAAAUAAAAUUAUUAUCGAUAAUAAAGAGGAUCAGCUGGUGCAACAUCCAAAAUAGUGCCUCCCCUGUAACUCAAGAGACAGUAGAGCACCAAUAAAAUUGCUGCACAGCCAUCCAUGGGGAGUCAUCUGAGAGAAAUAAUGAAAUAGUAAUUUGUACCAACAACUUCCACCAAUAACAUUUAAAACGAAAUCAUAAGAUCACAAGAAACACAAUUGCAGGAAGUGCCAGUUGAAUUGCAAGACAUUAAAAUGUAUCAAAUUUUAAAUGUUCUUGGACAUGGAGCAACUGCUGAAGUAAAAAUGGCAAGGCAUAAGAUGCUGGAUUUUGUUGUUGCUAUUAAGAUAUAUGGAAGCAAUGCCAAUAUUCAACUAUUAGAGUAGGAAGUUCUAAUUUUGCAAUUACUAUCACACCCCAACAUAAUUAAAUUAUAUUACCAAUUGAAAAGCACCCAAAACAUUUAUUUGAUCUAAGAAUACUUUUCGCCCAUGACCUUAGACACCUAUUUGAAAGGGAGAACAAUCAAGAGGUUGAGUGAAGAUCAAGCCAAAAUUAUCGGCAAACAAUUAAAAAAUGCAAUUAUAUAUUUACAUAGUUAAAACAUCAUUCAUAGAGAUCUGAAAUUAGAAAAUAUUCUAAUAGACCCUUCAACCUUGAAAAUCAAGUUGAUUGAUUUCGGAUACUCCAUUUAGACUGAGAAGGAACUGUCUAUUUAAUGUGGGACUCAUUAGUAUAUGGCACCCGAAUUGAUUAAAUAGCAGAACUAUGAUAACAAGGUUGAUGUUUGGGCAUGCGGAGUUAUUCUGUUUAGAUUGCUGACUGGGUUAUUCCCAUUUAAGGGCAAUAAUGAUGCUGAAUUGAACAAGAAGAUUAUCGCUGGCAAAUUGGAGUUCCCAUCUUUUAUGAAUGGAAGUUCAAAAGCACUGCUGCAAGGAAUGCUUAAUGUUAAUAGUCAAUAAAGGACUUUAAUUGGUUCAGAAUUUCUUUAAUGA